UUGCCUGUUUCCCAGGGCAGGGCCUGCUCAGGGCUCCUCCACCGCCGGCCGGUGGUUCCGGGGCUGCGGCUAUUCCAAGCAUUACGGUCCCGUCUGGAGGCUGUGCCGGGAGAGGCGGGGGCUGCCGCUGGAGGAGCCGCGGCUGUUCUGGAAGGCGGGGCGCGGGCGGCGUGUGGCUGAUCCCAACUUUAUUGAAGAUGAAGUCCUGGAUACUGUCACUGAUGUUGACCUGCAUUAGCUGCACAUGGCACACAGAAGCUGAAUUUUUCACCUCUAUAGGUCAGAUGACAGACCUGAUUUAUGCAGAGAAAGAUCUGGUUCAGUCUUUAAAAGAAUAUAUUCAAGCAGAAGAAUCUAAACUCUCUAAGAUUAAAAGCUGGUCUGAAAAAAUGGAUGCACUGACUAUGAAAUCAGCUUCCGACCCAGAAGGUUAUCUUGCACACCCAGUAAAUGCAUAUAAAUUGGUGAAGCGUUUAAACACCGAUUGGCUGGAAUUAGAGAAUCUAGUUCUUCAGGACUCCGCAAGUGGUUUUAUCGCAAACCUCACAGUUCAACGUCAGUUCUUCCCAACUGAGGAAGACGAGACAGGCGCUGCUAAGGCUCUAAUGCGUCUACAGGACACAUAUAGACUGGACCCUGAGACCAUGUCUCAGGGGAGACUACCAGGAACAAAAUACAGAUCAUCUUUGACAGUGGACGACUGCUUUGGCAUGGGAAAGAUUGCUUACAAUGAAGGAGAUUACUAUCAUACCGUGCUGUGGAUGCAGCAGGCGUUGAAGCAGCACGAUGAAGGGGAAGAUGCAGCCAUCACCAAAGUGGAGAUCCUGGACUAUCUCAGCUUUGCUGUCUUCCAGCUCGGUGACUUACACAGGGCCGUGGAGCUCACCAGGCGCCUGAUUUCUCUUGAUUCUGCUCACGAGAGGGCAGGCAGCAACCUGCGAUAUUUUGAGAAGUUGUUGGAGAAGGAGAGAGUGGCAAAGCUACUAAAUAAGACGUCAACAAUAACAGAAUCGGCCACACAACGUGGGCUUUAUGAGAGACCUGCUGACUAUCUGCCAGAGCGUGAUACCUAUGAGGCUCUCUGCAGAGGCGAAGGUGUGAAAAUGACACCUCGGCGACAGAAGAGGCUGUUCUGCAGGUACCACGAUGGAAACAGAAAUCCCCAUCUGGUCAUAGCUCCCUUUAAGGAAGAAGAUGAAUGGGACAGCCCUUAUAUCGUCCGAUACUAUGAUGUCAUGUCUCAUGAAGAAAUAGAGAAAAUUAAGGAGCUGGCUAAACCAAAAUUGGCACGAGCCACGGUACGUGACCCCAAAACGGGUGUCUUAACAGUGGCCAACUACAGGGUGUCAAAAAGUUCAUGGUUGGAGGAACAUGAUGAUCCUGUUGUUGCCAGGGUGAAUCACCGAAUGCAACAUAUCACGGGAUUAACAGUAAAAACAGCUGAACUAUUGCAGGUUGCUAAUUAUGGAAUGGGAGGACAAUAUGAGCCACAUUUUGAUUUCUCAAGGAAAGAUGAACCUGAUGCUUUCAAGCGUUUAGGGACUGGAAAUCGUGUGGCCACUUUUUUAAACUAUAUGAGUGAUGUAGAAGCUGGAGGUGCUACAGUUUUCCCAGACUUUGGGGCUGCAAUUUGGCCCCAAAAGGGGACAGCAGUGUUUUGGUACAAUCUUUUCAGAAGUGGUGAGGGUGAUUAUCGAACAAGGCAUGCAGCUUGCCCAGUAUUAGUAGGGUGCAAAUGGGUUUCAAACAAAUGGUUCCACGAAAGAGGGAAUGAGUUCUUAAGACCUUGUGGGUCAACAGAGGUCGACUGAAAUCCAACCAGCUGCUAGCUCUUCCUUUUGUCCCUUUCUUUUUCAGUUCAUUUCUAAGAAAUGAUCCAUCUUCUAUUAUGAAAGAGCUCUGGCACUUUUUAAAAAGAAUUUAACAUCUAUAAAUGAAAGAAGCAAAAGGCUGUAAUGACUUGGCAGUACUCGGUAACUAUUAUUUCCCCCACCCUUCCCCCAGUUUCACCUUCUCACCACACCCUCCCAAUUUGUCUCUUCUGUCAUAGCAGUGCAAACAGCACUUUUGGCAAUUCAGUGCAUUUGAGUGCCUGGUCUUGUGCCUUUCAUUCCUCAGAUGUUUUAGAUGUUAAAUAUUUCAUUGAACCAAAGUUUUGUGUACAUGUUUAAAUUUAUUGUAUUUCUAUGGAUUGCAAGUUUUAACAAAUGCUGUUUCAAAAAAAAAAAAGUCCUCUGCUCUGAGCUUGUGUCUAAUGCUGUGUCCUAGCUUAUCUAUGGGUCUGGGCCAUUUGCUUCAUUUAGAAAUGUUUAUGAUCAAAUUUGGACUAGAACUUCGGAGCUCGGUCACACAAGGUGCUGAGCACCCACACCUCCUAGGGAAACCAGAGUGAGCUCAGGUUGCUCAGUACCUUGCAGGACUGAGCGUGUAAAUUGGUGUAGCUGUAUUGAAAUCUUACAACAUGCUUACAGUGUUGUAACUUGGCCUGGGUUAUGCCUUUGUCUGAAUUGACUUCAAUGGAUGCAUUGCUUGUGUAAGAACCUCCAGAUUUGGGCCCGAGCUUACUCCAGUUAACAGAAUUGUCACUUUCAUUUUUAAAAUUAGAAAUACAAAACCAUCUAUAACACAAUAAACUCCUGUGUUUCCAUUAUCUUUAGGAAAUAUUGCAUAUGGGAGACCUAAAAUCUUUGAAAAAUACAUAGGUAGAUUUAGGACAGUCUCUAGUUACGAUUUUAAACAUUUUCAUUAUUUUUGUGUGGCGCCUUCAGAUUUUUGUGACUUUUUCCUCCCAAAGUAUAUAUUUCCUUUGCAUAGUACUGUGCCUCUUUGCUGCAGGAAGCCCCUGAUCUAAUAAAGCACUUAAGCACAUGCUUAACUUGAAGUCAACGGGAGAACUCACAAGCAAAGUUUAAGCACGUGCUUAAGUGUCUGGAUAGAUUGGGGCAUGUGCUCUUGUGCUGAAGUCAUCAUUUUCUUCUGUACCAGACACAAGGAGCCAGAUUCCCAGCUGCCUUGCAUCUUGUGUUGGUCACUUAACACAUGAGAAGGGACUGUAAAGAGCUUGCAAAUCAUAAUGGUUUCGUGAAGGGGCAAGGGCUAGAGGAUAAGACUACACAAAGCACAAGACAAUAGAAAUUGGGGCCAAAUAUCCGUAUUUAGGUGCUUUACAAUUUCUGCAAAAAGUAUGAGAUGAUUACUUAUGGGGAGUUAAUAGCACAAAAGGUCUAGCAGAAUUGAGAAGAAAUAAGGCAUGUUUUGAGGGAAAAAUUAAGAAAUGCUGAGCCAGAUUGUGGCUGACUCUUGUGCAGAUGUGCCAGGGAGUUGACUUCAGUGGGAGUUCUUCUGGCCAGUACUGGGUAUGAGGGUGAACGUUUUAGAGUAUUAGUGAUUUCAAGUGAACUCCUUAGAGUGAACUGUAAAAACCUACACUAUUGCUUAAAGACUGUGGGCAUUGACAUUCAGAACAGACAUCAGUGAAAGAAAAUUCAGUUAACUUGCAGUGUCUAAUUGCACCCAUAAUGUCAUCAUAAGAUGAACAUUGAUUUCUUCUCCAUUGUACAUUUCUUCUCCAUUGUAAGGUAACUGUUGAAUGAACUAAUACUUAAAACAAUUAUCUGUCAACGUCCUCUUGAGGGCUGGAAGCACUACACCUACUAGAUUGUGUUCUUAGGGAAAGUGCAAUUUAGAGAGUAUUGGAUUUCAUAUGGCAGAUAUAAUGGACAUCACCCUCCCUGGUACGAUGGUAGGAUAAUGUGGCUCUGAUUCAGCAAUAAACUUCAGCACGUGCCUAAAUUUUAGCAUGUAAAUAUUUCCUUUGAAUUCAGUGGAAUUGCAUGCUUAAAGUCUGGCACAUGCUUAGGCCUGAUUCUAUCAAGUACUAAUCAUAAGUUUUAAUUUCACCGUGAGUGGCAAAUAUACUCUUGACGAGGAGGCUGGAAGGUUAGAUAAACUAAUAGAGCUGAUGGAAUCAUUUAUUGUGAACGAUAUGGGUGGGAAGGGUUGUUCGUUGAAUAAUUAUGUGUGAAUAAAUCUCUUUAUCCUACAAACAGCUGCAUUAAGUAAUGUGAAAUCAUAAGCACUUUCACAAAGCCUAUGGUAAUAAAUGCAAUACACUAUACUC